AUGCCUGAUGAUCAUAUUGAAUUAAAAAAUAAAGCAACAAUUGGUUCCAAAGCAUUAAAACGUGUCAAUGGGACUCUUUACAAGAUUGGAUCAGCAGCUAAUUUACUUUGUGUUAGCCAAAUAAAAUAUGUUUAUACUAUUGAAUUCCGUCCUCCAGAUGAUAUGAAUGAUGUACAUGCAAAUUUUGCUAUUAUGCUUCCAUUAACAUUUAUUGAACGAGUUGGACAAGAAAUAUAUGCUGGUGUUAAAGAAUUUCUUCGACCAAUUAUUACAUAUUGA